GCAGGGGAGUGGAGGAGUGAGAGGAGCCCCGUUCUUCCACUAAAGCAAGAGGGGAAGAAGAGGAGUGAUAAAGAGUUGGGGACGGAGGGAGAAGAGUCAGCUGGACAUGGGGCUUUGUGCUGUUCUCCUCAUCUGUCUCUCCCAGGCUGAACUGGGGAGAGUCUGGGCUCAAGAGCAUGAAGAUGCACUGAGCGGGACUCCUCUGCGGACAGAUGGGGAUCCGUCCGGUUUGCACAGAACCAGGAGGGACCAGCAGACUCUGCACAAACACAGAGGAGCCAGAGACACACGGGCUGAGGGAGCAGGAGGAGGAGGAGUUGAUAACAGCACCCUGCCUGAUAACAUGACCCGAAUAGUGGAGGACUCCCAGAGGUACUACAGAUGGCAGAGUUUUGGUCCAGAAGACGGAGGGACUGAACACUUGUGGGUAGAUCUGAACGCCCUGCACAAGAGCCAAGUCCGAAUCCACAGCAAACUGUCCAAUACCCACCGACAGGCAGCAAGGGUGGUGCUUUCUUUUGAUUUCCCUUUUUAUGGACACUACUUGAGAGAAAUUAUUGUAACAACUGGUGGGUUCAUCUUCAUGGGAGACGUUACUCAUCUACUGCUGACUGCCAAGCAGUACAUUGCUCCCCUCAUGGCCAACUUUGACCCCAGUUUUUCACAAAACUCAACAGUGAGGUACUCGGACAAUGGUAAUCUGUUUGUGGUACAGUGGGACAAAGUGCGGCUAAAGGACCGAGAGGAUGAAGGAGCUUUUACUUUCCAGACAGCCCUCCACAGGAAUGGAACCAUUGUUUUCAACUACAGGGAUAUUCCUGUACCAGUGGUGAAAAUUAAUUCCACCGAGCAUCCAGUGAAAGUGGGUCUGUCCGAUGCUUUCAUGGCAUACCUCACUUCUGUGCAGGUCUCAGAUCCAAAGCGGCGUAGGCCUACUAUCUACGAGUAUCAUCAUGUUGAGAUUGACACCACAAAGAUCGUUAGCAGAUCUUCUUUUGAGUUCACGCCUCUGCCCACUUGUCUUCAACACACAACCUGCGAUCUCUGCCUGACGUCUAACUUGACAACCGGCUGUGGUUGGUGCAACACGCUUCAACGAUGUUCCGAUGGGAUCGACCGACAUAGACAAGAAUGGCUUGACUACAACUGUCCCGAAGAGGCAAAAGGCACAUGUGAGGACUACAAUCCAGUAUUACCUGAGGGAUCUAUGAGCUCCUUCAACCACUCUUCACCAGGUCCAACACCUUCUUCAGCAGUGCUCGAGGAACAGCUUGUCACAAGGGAUGCACUGAGCGGGACUCCUCUGCGGACAGAUGGGGAUCCGUCCGGUUUGCACAGAACCAGGAGGGACCAGCAGACUCUGCACAAACACAGAGGAGCCCGAGACACACAGACUGAGGGAGCAGGAGGAGGAGGAGGAGUAGUCGAUAUCAGCACCCUGCCUGAUAACAUGACCCGAAUAGUGAAGGACUCCCAGAGAUACUACAGAUGGCAGAGUUUUGGUCCAAAAGACGGAAGGACUGAAGACUUGUGGGUAGAUCUGAACGCCCAGCACAAGAGCCAAGUCCGAAUCCACGGCAUACUGUCCAAUACCCACCGACAGGCAGCAAGGGUGGCACUUUCUUUUGAUUUCCCUUUUUAUGGACACUACUUGAGACAAAUUAUUGUAGCAACUGGUGGGUUCAUCUUCAUGGGAGACGUUACUCAUCGAAUGCUGACUGCCACGCAGUACAUUGCUCCCCUCAUGGCCAACUUUGACCCCAGUUUUUCAAAAAACUCAACAGUGAGGUACUCGGACAAUGGUAAUCUGUUUGUGGUACAGUGGGACAAAGUGCGGCUAAAGGACCGAGAGGAUGAAGGAGCUUUUACUUUCCAGACAGCCCUUCACAGGAAUGGAACCAUUGUUUUCAACUACAGGGAUAUUCCUGUACCAGUGGUGAAAAUUAAUUCCACCGAGCAUCCAGUGAAAGUGGGUCUGUCCGAUGCUUUCAUGGCAUACCUCACUUCUGUGCAGGUCUCAGAUCCAAAGCGGCGUAGGCCUACUAUCUACGAGUAUCAUCGUGUUGAGAUUGACACCACAAAGAUCGUGAGCAGAUCUGCUUUUGAGUUCACGCCUCUGCCCACUUGUCUUCAACACACAACCUGCGAUCUCUGCCUGACGUCUAACUUGACAACCGGCUGUGGUUGGUGCAACACGCUUCAACGAUGUUCCGAUGGGAUCGACCGACAUAGACAAGAAUGGCUUGACUACAACUGUCCCGAAGAGGCAAAAGGCACAUGUGAGGACUACAAUCCAGUAUUACCUGAGGGAUCUAUGAGCUCCUUCAACCAAUCUUCACCAGGUCCAACACCUUCUUCAGCAGUGCUCGAGGAACAGCUUGUCACGAGGGAUUUACAGACAGGUCCUCCGCACCACAAGGGGAUAACAGAGAACACGGCCAUCAUCACAGGAGUCGUGGCCGCCCUCAUUCUGCUUGUAGCUCUGACCUUACUGGCUGUUUACUACAUCAACACACACCCGACAGUGGCUCCACCGUUCUACCUCAUGCAGCGACGCACCAAUAACUACUGGCCCUCUAUGAAGUUCCGCAACCAGGGCUGCCACUCCAGUUACGCUGAGGUCGAGCUCGGAGGUCACGAAAAGGAAGGAUUUAUUGAAGCUGAGCAGUGCUGCUAAAGGGGGGCCUGGGUGUGCAGGACACAGUCAGAGAAAGAAAGGGCACCAUCUUGAGGACUGUAGCAGUACUACAACGGGGGGGGGGGGGGGGGGGGGGGUGAAUAUGGACGAUCAGGCCGACCAUCAUCACAGGAUGUCUCUACUCCAACCUCGGCGGCUGGACAGUGUUUGCUGUACCUGCUCUUGUAGCUCUUGCCAGCUUUUUCUCUGUGUCUCUUGCUCUCUUUGCCAUCACACAGGAGAUUUUACAAUAUCAUCUAAAGGGGUUGGAGGGUCUGAAAGGAAGCCGACUGUACAGAGAAUGAUGAGAGUAAAAAAGUGUAACUGUACAAAAACCUAUCAAUGCAAGGGGGAGUCAGGGAAUGAAUCGAACUAGCCUUCAUACUGCAAACCAAUGUACAGCUCAACUUAACUAUGUUUUUUUUUUGGUUUUGUUUUUAUCCUGUCUAUGGAGUUUUUUUGUUUUUUGUUUCACGAAACGUUCAUGUGAGCAAUGACUGGUUCAUAAAAUGUCAUAUCUAUGUGGACUUCACUACAACAGAUAUCUAGCUAUAUAACUGAUAGUGAUUAUAAUGAUCAUCCUGAAUUCCUCUGGAGAAAUACUGUUUGGAUGAGUUUUAGAGACAUCAAGUUAUGAGAGUUUUCUUUGAACUUUUUUCUGUUUCAAUGUCUUCUAAUAAAAGCUGGUGGUGAGUGUUGAUAUA